AGGGCAGAAAGAAAGUGCAGCUCCAGCGGGGAGUGUAACUAGUCUGAGUCUGGGGCCCUGGGAGGGCGGGGAUCCGGCGCUGGGGCUGGUGGGUCGAGGAGGACUUGGGUUGCUGGGGCCCUGGGAGUGCUCUGAGGGGGGCGAGGACAGAGACAGGGUGACCAGGACUGGAGUCCUGUGAGGGUGGGAUCCGAACCCCCUAGCUAGGUCGGCCGCGCAGCCAUGCGGGGCCGGGAGCCCCCGGGACGCUUCACGGUGCCGGCGGAGGCGGAGGACUCGGUGCUGGAGUUUCUGCCCCAUGUGGAGCGCAUCUUUAGGGUGCAGCUGAAUGUUCUUGGGGAGCCGGAACCGGGGGCCCCCAGCAUUUGGCUGCAGCUAGAGGGACCCCCGGAGAACGUGGGCAGAGCCAAGGAAUACGUGAAGGGCCUCUGCAGCCCGGAACUAUGGGAGGAAGUCAACUACCCACCAGCUCUGCACUGUGUCUUUCUUGGAGCCUGCAGCCUCUUUCUGGAUUGUCUGUGCUGGGGCACGUCAGCCCACAUGGUGCCCCAAACCCCAGGCUCCCUGCUGCUGGGGGGCCUGGCUGAGGCCUUCUUCAUGGCCCAGAACCGGGUAGAGGGGCUGGCGAAGCGACUGGGGCGUGACUCCUUCCCACCCUCCAAGUCCCGGGGAGUCCCAGAGACCGAAGUGAAUAGGGCUUUCCAGGCCCUGCUGGUAGGCCGGGAGGAUGAGCACUCGGGGGCCCUGCUUCGCCUGCCUCUUGCCAUCCAGGAGGAGCUCUUGAGGCUGGUGCAGGAGGCCGUGAAGGAUGGGGGAGACGCAGAGUGGAUGGGCCCUCUUGAACCUCCCCUGGAUGGCUCUUCCAGGUCUCGGCCUGGGAAGAUAUCAGCCAGGCCCCUUUUGGAGCUCAGAACACUCCAGCGUGGCCAGUACUGUGGGUCACGUGGAGAGCCUGGAAAGGUCAGCCAGACGGAAGAGAGACCAGAUCAGAUAAUCAGAGAGGGCUCCACCGUCUUAGAACUGGGCGGAAGGAGCAGGGGCAAGCGUGUCUAUAGGGAGAUCCCUAAUCUGAUCCCUCAUUGCAGGGGGAAUAAACGGCCCGUCAAUUCCCCUUCCUUCAGGGAAGAGAUGCUUGGCCUGAUAAGGCAGGUCUUGGGGGAUGGUUUGAGCCCACUUACCCUCACGGGGCCUUCUAAUAGUGCUAGUGCUUCAAAGGCACAGGGUUCCCCUAAACCUUCCUCUGUGCCACGGCUUCGCUGGGGGGAUAAUUCUUCCAAGAGGAAGGAGGAUCCUCAUGGCAGGAGCUCAGAGGAAGGGCCAGAGCCACCCAGGGUGAGUUUCCCUUCUGAGAAUCAUACAAAACUGCGUUCUGCCCAAAUCAGGGAGGUAGGGCUAGCCCAGAAACAGCUCCAUAAUCCUGAAGCAAAGGCUGCCCUUAAGUCCCAGGUCACAAUGCCGUUUGCUUCCUGGAAGAAUGUAAGCUUUCCUGGAACCUGGGGCCAAGGUAGUCCCUGCAGACCUCUGUGGCUAGGGCCACCUCAGCAUUGUGGCGUAGGGCAUUCCACCUUCUGGAGAGUACAGGAUGGGCACUCAUCUCCCUUGCCCUGGGGUCUAGAUUGGGGGCGCAACUUGCCCCACAACCAAUUGAGGCAAGCAGCUCCCCUCAAAUAUAAGUUGCAAGCACAAAGUCCUUUCCCUGUGAGACUAGAGUGGAAGAACAGACCUCUCCUCAGGGACCCUAUCCUGGUGCCCCCAUCUUGUAACCCAGGGUGGUGGCAGGUGCUAAAAACCGCCCCCCAAAUGUGCCAGAGGCCAGUGACCCUGACACCUGGAGGCUAUGACGUCUGUUCAGGGAGCCUGCAGAGAGGAAGUCUUGUUGGUGAUUGGGAACCAGGCCUCCUCCCCACUUGGCUUCAUGAACCAAGGCUGGUCACUACCUUUACAGAGCAAGGACCAGUACAAGAGUUGGUGAGCCCCUUCCCAGAGAUGUCUCUUGCCCGGGCAGAGAUCUUAACAGAUAUCCUUCGGGAUGUGUCUUGUGGCCAGCCCUAUGGCCCUGUCCCUGUCUCUCUGCUGAAGUACUUUGGGGAACCUGAGAGGCAGAGACAGGUAAACUGUCAGCCAAUACACUGCUUUACCGCUGGCCCAGUGUUCAGGGAGAAACAACGGAAGAAGAACAAAUGCCCCAAGGUUGUGGGCAGUGAACAGCAUGUGCCAUUUGUCCAUCCACAAGUGAAUAACUUAGUGACCAGCUUCCAGCGUUUUCAUGAGGCCCUGAGUGUGCCUUUCUCCUUGAGCCUUGAAAACAUCCCUGGGAAGCCCGGACUUCGUCAUGUCAUCAUUGAUGGCAGCAAUGUGGCCAUGGUGCAUGGCCUCCAGCACUUCUUCUCCUGCAGAGGUAUUGCCCUGGCUGUACAAUAUUUCUGGGACAGAGGGCACCGAGAGAUCACCGUUUUCGUACCCAAUUGGAGGCUGAGGAAGAACAGUAGGGUGAGAGAGGGUCACUACUUGACGAAGCUGCAUUCUCUCAGCCUGCUCUCCAUCACCCCUUCCCGAUUCGUGGAUGGCAAGAGGGUCACCUCCUAUGAUGACAGGUUUAUGGUGAAGCUAUCAGAAGAAACAGAUGGGGUCAUUGUCACCAACGAUCAGUUUCGGGAUUUGGUGGACGAAUCAAAGAAAUGGAUAGGGAUCAUUAGAGAACGGCUGCUGCCUUUUACUUUUGUGGGGAACAUCUUCAUGGUUCCAGAUGACCCUUUGGGGCGGGAUGGCCCCACCCUGGACACAUUCCUGAGGAGAACAGAUGGGUUAGAGCUGGCUGUUAGCAAUUUUCUGAGAGUCUGGGAGAAAAAGCCCCCCACCAAAGCCCCCUUUCUCCCCAUAAAGGCCAAGGGACUUCAGGGCAAUAAGCAUCUAAAGAAGGGUUGCUCUGGACCUCAGCAAAAGGAGAAGGUGAAGAAGCUCACGGAGGGUGUAGAGAAACUGAUGACCAAGGAGGAAGACUCCCUAGACACGUGCCUGUCCACAGUUUUCCGAGAAGAGUGCCCCUUCCUUUCAGAUGAUAUCCUCCGGUAUUUUAGCCUCCAGGACAACACUUCAGAGACCUCUCUCUCUCCCUGGACAGGCUCUUCUCAACUUGAUAUCCCUUGGAGCAGGGCAGGACAACCUACGUGCCAAAGGGUCCUUGACCACUUGGCUCAGCUGACCGUGCCAACCAGCUUCUCUGCCCUCUCCUUCUUUGUGGGGUUCAUGGGAUGCCACAAAGAUGUCAUCCCCCGAUAUGCCUCACUCGUGGCCCCGCUCCACGGCCUCCUGAAGAAGAAGACACAGUGGCAGUGGACGCCCGAGCAUUCUCAGGCGUUCCUGGCCCUGAAGCAGGCUCUGGUGUCGGCCCUCUCCUUGGUCCCCCCGGACCCCCAGUUGCCUUACCGUCUGGAGGUGGCAGUGAGUGAGAAGACCUUGGCUGCUGUCCUGACACAGGAGCGGGCAGGGCUGAGGCGUCCCAUCGCUUACACCUCAAAGCCCCUCCUCCCCCAGGAAGGCAAGGCUGCCCUGAGCCGAGGCGGCGGCCUCUGCGCCCUGGCCUGGGCUGUGAGGCGUUUUGCUCCCUCUCUUGGGUCUGUCCCCGUCGUUCUGGAAGCCUCCUAUACCUCCAGGGACUCCCCAGACCCUGAGCAGAGGGAGAGUCUGGAGACCUCUGACACGUGGCUGGCCCGAUGGUCCCUCCUCGUACAGGACAAGGACAGGAGGACCUUGGGCACAUCUUUCCUCCCGGGCCCUCUGGGGGACAGUGGCCUUCCCAUGCCCACCCCUGACUCACUGCCUCAGUUUUUCCAAAUCCUGCCACCUUUUUCCGACUUGUCCUCCUUCGUAUGUAUUUACACUUCAGGAUAUUGCUUUUACCAGGACACCGAGUGGUGCGCGGGCUUUGGGCUGUAUGUUCUGUCUCCUGACAGCCCCCCCCUGUCUCUCUCUUUCUCUUGCUCCCCUCACACACCCACCUAUGCCCACCUGGCCGCCGUGGCUUGCGGCCUGGAGCGCUUUGUUCAUUCCUGCAUCCCUCUGGUUUUUCUAGUGAACUGUAGCUGGCUCUUCAACAUCCUUAUAGACCUUCUUCCCCUCUGGCAUUCCCGGGGUUUUCUGUCCUCUGAUGGGGCCCCCUUGCCUCAUCCGGCUCUGUUGUCCUACAUCACUUCUCUGGCCUCCAGCCUCCCCACGUUGCCCUUCCUCUUCAAAGCCUCCUACAAGGGUGCCCUGUUUAGUGUGACGGUAGAGGCCCUGGCCAAGCAGGGUGCCCAGGGGUCCAGCCCGCUGUGGAAGCUGCCAAAGCAUAUCGCGCCUUCUGUUGGCGUGGCGGCCAGCCCCUUAGGCGAUGGGCCAAAUCUCCAGGCUUUGCAGGAGACCGAUGCCGUUCUGUUAGAAGCCAUUUGUCAGCUGCAGGCUGGGCGCAGGCUUCCUGGACAUUCUCCCCUCAAGCCUUUCGAGCCCGGAAUCAGUUUUGUUAAGGAGUGCAACCUGCUCAUGUAUAGAGAGAUGAAGAGACCGAAGGUCUGGAUUGUCCCGGAGCAAAUCCGGAAGGAUCUGAUUUACUCUGUGCACGACGUCCCCCCCGGCCCCCACGCUGACCCCGAGGAGACCCUCAGGAGGCUGAGGAGGCUAGGCUGGUGGCCCAAGAUGCACGGGCAGGUGAGGGCCUACUGCAAGAGUUGCUUGUUCUGCACCUCCGUAAACAGCCUGACCCAGGAGGCCAAGUGUCUGCGGACCCAGUGGAGCUCCGCGGCGGCAGCGCCCUGGUCCAGUCUUCAGAUCGAUGUGAUCGGGCCGGUGCCCGCCAGCGAGGAGGGCCACAGGCACGUGCUCAUCGCCUCCGAUGCCUGUUCCUCCUGGACAGAGGCGUUCCCCUUGAAGUCCUUCACGCAGAUGGCGGUGGCCCAGGUGCUGCUGCAGCAGGUGUUUUCCCGAUGGGGGGUGCCGGUGAGGCUGGAGGCAGCGCAGGGCUCGCAGUUUGCCAGGCACGUCCUGAUGAGCUGCGGCGUGGUGCUGGGCGCCAAGCUGGGCAGGAUCUCGGGGGACAUUCAGCCUGCUGAGCUGAGGGACGGGGGCUCCACCCAAGCCUUCAAGAGUUCCCUGAGGGAGUUCAUCACCCUUCACGGGAAGAACUGGGCCAGCUGCCUGCCCCUUCUGCACAUGGCCUUUCGAGCCCCGGAGUCCGGACCCACGCCUUUUGCCGUCGUGACCGGGAGUGAGAUGAGGCUGGCCGAAUCCUUGUGGUGGGAGCUCAGCGGGGCCCACGUGGAGGGGCUGAAGAUGGACGUGUUCUUACAGCAGCUCAAAAGUAACGUCCUAGAGAGUCACCUGCAGGCUGCGCUGGCUUCCGGGGACCCGCCCGGCCUAGAGCACAGUGGCUACUUCCAGCAGGAAGUUCAGGGGAAAGAAUGGAACGUGGGAGACCAAGUCCUGCUCUUGAACUUCUCCAAACCUGGCGCCGCUCGGUGGGUUGGUCCCUACUACAUUGUAGACAGGCUGAGUCUGUCCCUGUACAGGGUCUGGGGUUACCCCACUCCAGGGAAGCUGGGAGUCACCUACCCCACCAACCUGAUGAAGUCGUACCCCCAGGGGGGUGCUCCCUUGCCCUCCGUGAUAUUAGAACAGCUGGAAUAAGCCUCUCCCCUCUUCCCCCCUUUUUUCUGGAGUGAGGAGAAAGAUGCCUUCCCUCUGCUCUAUCCACCCCUGCUCAUCCAUAGCCUCUCUGGGGCUUAGCUAGUGCCUAAAGACCUUCCUCACUUGAGAGUACUCAGAGACUCUGCAAAGAGCUUUCUCUAUCCAUUUCCCUGGUGGCUUGGCUCGGGGUCCUCCUUUAUUCAGUAUUGGCCAUCCUAUUCUUCUCUUUCUGGAAUCAUCCCAGAAUCUCAUCCCUGACAAGCCUUCAUCUGUCACCAGGACCUCUGAGAGGAAAUAGGACCAAGCCAAUCCCUCCUCCUCCUCCCAGGGAGAGGAAGAGCCUCAGCAGAGCUCGUACACCAUGGGAGCUUCUAACAAGAGGUCUCCAAAAGGCUAGCUUGCCAGGCCCCACCCUCAUUUCUCUCUGGGGUCAGUGGCCCAGGAAAGCCUAUCCUCAGUGCGGCUCAGCACGGGAAUGCUGAGGUCUUUGAUGGUGCUGGAUCCCAAGGGGUCGUACUUAGAAACCAUUGGAGUUAGAGUUAGAUUGUCAUCUUGUCGUCAGGAGCUUUGGGGUCUCCUUAGUGGACCUUAUUGGAACCCUCUGGACCAGGCAUCCUGAGGCAAAGAAGAGAAUAGGUAGGAGCUUUGGGAAGGGAUUAUUUUCACCUUGUUUCAUGCCUGCUCCCCAAACCCCAUUCUUUGAGCAUUUUUUUGCCUUCUGAAAAUCCAAAGAUCUUGAUGCAAAGCGCAAGAUCUCUGAGCUAAAAGAGCUUGUCUUGACUUGCCGAAGAAACUCAAUUCUUUGUUUCAAAGGGGUGGCAAGGUUGAGUCUUGUGUUGCUCUGGCAACAUGAAGAUAGGAACUUUGCACCUUCCCAUGUAGCAUGCCCUCCUCCCCCUUACACACACACACACUGCUUGUAAAAUAGCUUUGCUUUAUUCCUCUGUGGAUGAGACCUUGAGCAUGUGCCUUCUAUAAUAGGAAAACUGGUUUCAUUCAUUGAACCCUCACCGUAUCCCACCUAAGUAAUCCUGUGUGAAAACAGCUUUGCUCGAAGUCACAUCCUGGUUGGGAGCUUUUAUAGGUCUUCCACAUAAUGGGAAAAUUGGGCUCACUUUUGGGGCCUCAGUCCCUCCCUCCCUCCCCACCACAUUCCCCUCCUGAGUGAAGUCACCUUUGACCCACAGUAUGCCCCAAUGGGACUUUAUGUGCCUAUUGGGAAGCUAGAUUAGUUCCUAUUGUACCUGGCUCCCUAUUUACACUUGCCAGUCAUUUCUUCACUGCCCUUUAGCAAUUUAGAGGAGGAGGGAAUCUUCCUUUGAUUUGUAAAUAAACAGUUGAAACUAUAAAUUAGCUGGAUAGAAAUCUGGCUGGUGUUGAGAAAGGAGGAAAGAAAGCCUCAGACCGAGUUUGAGCCAGACUCACUGAGUUGAAGGGUGCAAAAUAUUCAUGCACCCAGCCCUUAUUUUCCAGAUAAGGAAAAUGAAAUCUAAUGACAGCCCAAGUUAGACAGCUGACUAAUGGUGUAGCCAGGCCUAGAACCCACUUGAUUUUCAGUGCUUUUUCUUCCCUGUUCCUGUGACUGAGGGAAUGGUUCAGGGUAGGAACUAUUUAGCAACGCUUUCAACUUUUUUAUCUCCUCUUACUGUGUCUGUAGGAGGAUUGUGUCCUGAGAUCACUCGUCCUCACCUCCUCACCGCCCUGGGCUUCUCCCAUCUUUGCUAUUCCUUGCCCUUUCUCUUGAUAUCCCAGUGGCUCUAGCCUUCACCCUUCGAUUGAGAUCUGAAAUAGAAGGGAACCCUCUGGAGAGAUUCUUCCCUGGGAUCUGAGGCGUGCGUCCAGCCCUCUGAACAACCUCACACACUUGUCUAGUUAUCUUCCCCCAACCCUCCCAAAGUGGCUCCACUCAGAUCGAAUGAGGCAGUCAGUAAACAUACCUACAGACACACACACACACCCCUGUCACUGGGUCAGAGAAGCAAGGGUCAGAGUUCAGCCAACAACUUGUGUGAGUGAUACCUCAACUUUUCAAGUGAGUUCAUUUCAUCAUCCACAGGCGGCCUGAAAAUAUUUGUUACCUAAAAGAUCUGUAGAACAUACAGGAGGGAAAGCAGAGCAGGGAGACCAACAGAGUCUAAACAUGGCCCCUGGAGAAGAGAGGUGAAGAUUUUCUUUUCUGGAGGGGUUUUUAAGGAUCUUGUUGCCCCACCAGAUUCUCACUGGAGAAUAUGGGCUGUUGGCAAGAUUAGAAUAAGGGUUGCCCUUCCCCACCCCAGGUGAUAUCUCCCCAGGCCUCCAGGAAAGAAGUGAUGGAGGAGGAAAGGAAAGCUUAGAAUUGAAUUGCUUUAGCUUAAGGGAGAAAGAUCUUUCCUCCCACAGAUUCCUGAAGAGAAAGAGGAGGGAGGCCUAGAAUCACUUCAUGUUGCUAGAUUUUGUAGUCUGAAAGCUUGGAUAGAGAUGAUUCUCGUCUCCUACACUUACUGCCCUGGUGACCCUGAACCUAUUUAUUAUACAUACCUCUUUAGGGCCUCAGUUUCCUCCACUGUAAAAUCAGAGUAAAAUCAGGCCCCAAGGCCUCUUCCAACUAAAUCUAUAAUUCCACAAACAAGGAUAGUAUAAUGGCUCAGGUUUCUACAGUAUAUUCAAAUGCUUUGCCUAGAAUGUUAGGAUUGGAAGGAACCUAAAUUUCUUAUUUUGCAACUAGAGAAAAUGGGAAAUGUGAAGGGGCUUGCCAAAGUAAAGCUCAUGAGAUACUGGAACCACAACUAAAAUUGAGGCUGUUUUCUGAGGCCUAGAGAUGUUGCAGGUCCAUUUAACUACAGUGUAAUUCAUUCUGUAAUGUCUGAUUUGGGUUGCCAUGACUCUUGUCAUUCUUAGAAGUUUUGUAACUGCAAGUGCUCUCCUUCCUCUGGGAAUGAAAAUCAAUUGAUACUGCUUGCUAGAGAUUUUGCUAUACAUGCCCACAUAAUUAAAUGUAGCUAGAUUACUAAUCAAGGCUUUUCCCCUCUGUUCUUGGGGAUUCUCUGGUAUUAGGAGUUUACUUUGCCUCCCUUUCCCCUCUAGCAUGGGUUAGUUUUCAUAUGUAGAAUCUCAGUUAUCCAUCUAUUCCAUAUGUAUCUUGUAUGCGCCUAUUUAUAUCCAUGUUGUCUCUCUCCCAUUAGAGUGUAAGCUCUUUGAGGGCAGGUGCUAUUUUUCCUUUUUUUAUAUUUCCAAGGCUUACCACAGGGCCUGGAGCUUAAUAAAUGCUUCUUUUUGA